AUGGUCCAUUUAAUCCAUAUCUUCCAAUACGUGAGCUUUGUUUUCUCUCAAAUUACAAAUGCGAUUCUUCUGUAUUUGAUCUAUAAAAAAACUAAAAAGUGUUUCGGUCCGUAUAGAUACAUGAUGGCCAUAUUUUCGAUCUAUGCCAUAAUCUAUAACUAUGUGGAUUUAAUGACCCAACCCUUGGUCCUAGUAGAAAAACAAUUGUUUGUUGUGGUGAAUCAUGGUCCACUACGGUAUUGGCCAAAUGCUGGAUAUGUGUUAGUCUGUAUAUUUGGAGCAUCAUUUGGAAUGUGCAUUUCUCUUUUAUCAGCUCAGUUUUUCUACCGCUACUUGGCACUAUGCAAACCCAACUUCCUAGCCCAUUUCGAAGGCCCAAAACUAGCUAUGUUAUUCAUCCCACCGCUCACACUCUCAAUUACCUGGUUCUUUUUUUGCCUUCUUGGCCUUCAGAUAUCAUCGGAAAAACGGAAAAUCCUAGAAGCACCUCUUCAUGACCAGUAUGACGAGUAUUCACAAAAUGUGACAUUCGUAGGUGGUUUGUAUUGGAAUACAGACCAGAAUGGAGUGAUUCAUUGGAAUAUUCAAGAUUGUAUCGGAACGAGUGGCUUGUGUGUAUUGAUGUCACUUUGUUGUAUGACGAUUCUAUUUUGCGGCGUCAACACCUACAAGAAAAUGAAUGAAGUGGGUGACACACUAAGUGAUAGAACCAAGGAUCUCAAUAGACAACUUUUUAUUACGUUGAGUUUACAGGUGCGCCCACGAGCAACAGAAUGUUAA